CGAACAUCUUUGCGGUGGGUUUGGUGGAUUUCUAAUGGGAACCGCCCAGGUAAACCAAUCAGCGCCAACAGCCGUCCAAAUCUACCAAUCACCCCAUGAAACCACUGUCCGUCCGUUCCAUUCAUUUACAAGUCUAAUAUUUGUUUAUAUCUGUUUGUCAUAGAGAUGGAAACUUUCCUAUACACAUCCGAAUCCGUCAACGAAGGACACCCCGACAAACUAUGUGACCAAAUCUCGGACGCCAUCCUUGACGCCUGUUUGGAACAAGAUCCCGAAAGCAAGGUCGCUUGCGAAACAUGCACCAAGACCAACAUGGUCAUGGUCUUCGGUGAGAUCACCACAAAGGCAAACAUAGACUAUGAAAAAAUAGUCCGCACAACUUGCAAAAACAUCGGGUUCACGUCUCCCGAAGUCGGGCUAGACGCCGACAACUGCAAGGUUCUAGUCAACAUCGAACAACAAAGCCGGGAUAUCGCUCAGGGUGUGCACGGUCACCUCAGUAAAAAGCCCGAAGAGAUCGGUGCGGGUGACCAAGGUCACAUGUUUGGUUACGCAACCGAUGAAACACCCGAGCUUAUGCCGCUAACACACGUGUUAGCAACUAAGCUCGGGGCUAAAUUAACCGAGGUUAGAAAGAAUAAAACGUGUUCAUGGCUUCGGCCCGAUGGUAAGACCCAAGUGACGGUUGAGUACCGUAAUGAUAACGGUGCUAUGGUUCCGAUCCGGGUUCACACCGUCCUCAUUUCGACCCAACACGAUGAGACCGUGACAAACGAUCAAAUCGCAGCCGAUCUUAAACAACACGUGAUCAAGCCCGUGAUCCCGGAUCAAUAUCUUGAUGAGAACACUAUUUUUUAUCUUAACCCGUCGGGCCGGUUUGUUAUUGGUGGGCCCCGUGGUGACGCCGGGCUUACCGGGAGAAAACUUAUCAUUGACACGUAUGGUGGAUGGGGGGCCCAUGGUGGUGGUGCUUUUUCAGGUAAGGACCCCACGAAGGUGGACCGGAGUGGUGCGUAUAUUGUUAGGCAAGCGGCGAAGAGCGUAGUGGCGUCGGGGCUUGCGCGUAGGUGCAUUGUUCAAGUUUCUUAUGCGAUUGCCGUAGUUGAACCAUUGUCGGUGUGUGUUGAAACGUUUAAAACGGGAAAGAUUCCGGAUAGGGAUAUACUUGAACUGAUUAAGGAGAAUUUCGACUUUAGGCCAGGGAUGAUGGCGAUUAAUCUCGACUUGAAGAGGGGUGGUAAUUAUAGGUAUCAGAAGACUGCGGCGUAUGGUCAUUUUGGUCGUGAAGAUCCGGAUUUCACUUGGGAGACUGUUAAGAUUCUCAAACCGAAAGCUUGAAACUGCGAUAGUAGCAAUUUGUAUUCUGUAAUCCAUAAGAUUAUUCCUUUAAGAUAUACAAAAUUAUAUAGAUAAACCAAGAUGCACAUAAAAGGUCCUGAAUGGAUUUUUGUCUAA